AGAAAAAUUGGAGAAAUUUUACUUUUAUCAACUUAGGAAAAGACCAAAAAAAAUGAGGUCAUGGAACUUGGAAAAUCUUGAUCACAUUGAUAUGGACGUCUCUGAUCAAAUCCACGUUAUUAUUUACACGCAAAUCCCUUUGAAUUCCGUCAGUCGUGGCUGUCUCCAAACUAAAGCCAGAGCCACCUUCGUUUUCUCUUUUUGUCUGUACUACUGGAAAAACAAAAUUUGUCAAAAAAUUCAACCCAAACGAGAUUCCUAUUUCCAAUCACCGCUAAAUCCAUAUCCCCUGAUUUCUGAUUUCCCCACUAACGCCGUCUGAUUAGCUGACCAUCGCCAAUCCAGGGGCGGCCAACCCAGAAAAACUUGAAAACGAAGGAAAAGUAGUCAUUAAUACGUUGCGGUGGAAGUGUGGGACCCCACUGUCCAUGAGAAGAAUCUCAGAAUUCUCGGUCUCUAUUAAUGAACAAACCAGCCCCACCACAUAGCAUUCAUAGAUCUCAUCUAUUUUACAUUAAACGAUGCCGUUGUUGAGGCGGAGGAAGGUAACGGAUUCCUCAAAGUCCACGAACUCCGAAUCCACCAUCGAUAAACAAGAUGACAAGAAAAACCAAUCCAAGAGAUUUCGAAGGGAAAGUUAUAGUUCCGAAAAGUGGUCGUGUUGGGACAGUUGUUGUUGGUUCAUUGGUUUCAUAUGUUCGAUGUGGUGGUUUUUAUUAUUCUUAUACAACACAAUGCCCGCUUCGAUCCCGCAAUACGUAACGGAGGCGAUAACGGGGCAUUUGCCGGACCCGCCCGGGGUCAAGUUGAGGAAAGAGGGCUUAACGGUGAAUCACCCUGUGGUGUUCGUGCCUGGGAUUGUGACUGGCGGGCUCGAGCUUUGGGAAGGGCACCAGUGUGCUGAUGGGUUGUUUAGGAAGCGCCUUUGGGGUGGCUCGUUUGGGGAAUUGUAUAAAAGACCAUUAUGCUGGGCUGAGCACAUGUCACUCGAUAAUGAAACCGGACUGGACCCUCCUGGUAUAAGGGUCAGGCCUGUAUCUGGACUUGUGGCAGCUGAUUAUUUUGCAGCAGGUUAUUUUGUCUGGGCUGUUUUAAUUGCUAAUUUGGCUCAGAUUGGUUAUGAGGAAAAAACAAUGUAUAUGGCUGCUUAUGAUUGGAGGUUAUCUUUCCAGAACACUGAGGUCAGGGACCAAACUUUGAGCAGAAUAAAAAGUAACAUAGAACUCAUGGUAGCUACAAAUGGUGGGAAAAAGGUAGUUGUCAUACCGCAUUCAAUGGGAGUCCUGUAUUUUCUGCACUUCAUGAAAUGGGUCGAAGCACCAGCUCCCAUGGGUGGUGGAGGUGGAUCAGAUUGGUGUGCUAAGCACAUAAAGGCAGUAAUGAACAUCGGUGCGCCGUUUUUAGGUGUUCCAAAAUCGGUCUCAGGACUAUUUUCUAUUGAAGCCAGGGAUAUAGCCAUUGCUAGGGCUUUCGCACCAGGGUUUCUGGACAAAGAUGUAUUUGGUCUUCAAACUUUUCAGCAUUUAAUGCGGAUGACUCGUACAUGGGAUUCCACCAUGUCAAUGAUACCAAAAGGAGGGGACACCAUCUGGGGUGGGCUUGAUUGGUCACCUGAAGGAGGAAGCUUUAAAUGUAGUGCAAAAAAGUUGAAAAAGAAUAGCACUCAUAAUACAGGCCAAAAUGCAAACAGCAAUUUGGAUGACAUGAAAAGUGUGAAUUAUGGGAGAAUUAUUUCAUUUGGGAAAGAUGUGGCUGAGGCACAUUCCUCCAAGAUUGAGAGGGUUGAUUUCAGGCAGGAUACUGUGAAGGGUGAUAAGUUGGCCAACUCAAGCAACUGUGAUAUAUGGAUAGAGUAUCAUGAAAUGGACAAUGACAGUAUCAAAGCGGUUGCCGAUUACAAGGUUUACACAGCUGGAUCAAUUUUGGAUCUGCUUCAUUUUGUUGCCCCCAAGUUGAUGGCAAGGGGAGGUGCUCAUUUUUCAUAUGGGAUAGCUGAUAAUUUGGAUGACCCAAAGUAUGAACACUUCAAAUAUUGGUCAAACCCCUUGGAAACAAAGUUACCAAAUGCUCCGGACAUGGAAAUCUACUCAAUGUAUGGAGUUGGGAUCCCCACUGAAAGAGCUUAUGUCUACAAAUUAAUUACUGCUGUUGAUUGCUAUAUUCCGUUUCAGAUAGACACCUCAUCAGAGGGUGGUAGUGAAGAUUCUUGUCUGAAAGGUGGUGUUUUCUCUGCUGAUGGAGAUGAAACAGUUCCUGUUUUAAGUGCUGGUUUUAUGUGUGCAAAGGGUUGGCGGGGUAAAACCAGAUUCAAUCCUUCAGGAAUUCGUACAUACAUAAGGGAGUACAAUCAUGCCCCUCCAGCUAAUCUUCUGGAAGGUCGAGGCACCCAAAGUGGUGCUCAUGUUGAUAUAAUGGGGAAUUUUGCAUUAAUUGAGGAUAUUAUACGAGUAGCAGCAGGGGCUACUAGCGAGGACCUGGGUGGAGAUCGUGUUUAUUCUGAUAUUUUUAAAUGGUCUGACAGGAUCAACUUACAGCUCUAGAUUCAGGACUUGGGAGGUGAGCACUCAAAGGCCAAAGUUUAAUGCAUAGUGACAACAGAGUUCUUGUUCCACCUCCCCUUUUUAACUUGGCAAUUCCCUGAUGAACAGCUGAGAGAUUGGAUUGAGCUUCAUUGUUGGUAGUAACUGGUAGCAGUCAUCUUGGUGGCCAUUUUCUAUCUUGCUUGCAUUGAACUAUUGAACUGCAAGAAAUGGGACAUUGAGCUCCUCAGAAAUGUGUAUUUAUAUCUGUUUUACCUUUUUUUUUUUUUUCUUGCACAGCACCAAAAUAUGGUAUAUGAACAUGGCAUCGCACAUUAUGCUAGGCUCCUUCAAUUCUAGGAGCACUUGUAAAUCAAUGGUGACCUCAUUCUUCAGAUUAGGUUCUAUUACCUUUUUUUGUUAUAGUACAUAAAUUUAUAGUCUGUCUUCUCCCUUUUGUAAUGAGUAUCUCUCUCUGCUAUAUGUGGGGGUGUGUGCGAAUGUAUGUGCAGAAAUGCUUGCCUGCCUGGUGUCCGGUGCCUUCUUCCUUCCGGCAAGGCGCUUUUCAUGCAGAAACACCAAAAGUUGAGCUGUUAAUUGUGCAACCUUCGGAAUAACAAACCUCCUCUGAGAAAAUUUUGGGGAGUGGUCUUAGUUAUAUGAACCAUCGGUGAUUGGAAGGGGAAAAAAACAAGGCAGAUAGCAGCCUAGUGGCUGCAUGUCUUUGAGGCUUGAGCACAUUUGGAAUUUUUAUGCGCAUGAUGUUGCGUUUGAAGGAAAAGGAUAUAAAAUUGCCCAACCAAUCACAAAGAAGAAAGGAAGAGGCAUUGGAUUCUAUAAUUUAAAUAUUUUUGCGUCAUGUAGUAUGUAUGUAUGUCAAGCUAAGCAUGACGCCAUCACCAUUGAGUAAUGAACA